AUGACUAAUCAAAAUGGUGAAGACUUGUUGAAGCAACUUCUUCGAUAUUAUCCGCCCCCUCAGGAUGAUCCUCGUACAUCAAACGGAGUUAACACUAGUAGUCAUUUGAAGCCGUUGUCAACAGAAUUGACAAACAGUCUUGUCAGUCUUUAUUUUCAAAACUUUCAUCCUCUUCUCCCGGUGCUGCAUAAAAACUACUUCUUGAAUAGAUUGAGUGAUACCAAGAAGCCAAUAUCACCGCUGUUACUGUUGGCGGUAUGUGCCAUCGGUUCGAAUUAUUCUGAUAGCCCAGAAGCCAGAAAGAAUCCUAAUGACCCUCACACUGUUGGCUUGAAUUUUUAUGAAAGUGCUCAAGAGAUGGUCAACCAGUACUUGAACGUGCCCCGCCUGAGUACCGCUACCGCGUUUUUUUUGCUAGGCAUAUUCGAUGCUCAGCGUAGCUUUAAAGGUACAAUUUACGUUGGGAUGGCGACAACGCUUGCUGUUACUUUACGACUACAUGAUCAUAGUUCAUCUGAUGGGCGUCCGGCGAUCGAACAAGAAGCCAGAAAGAGAUUGUGGUGGGCUAUCCAAAUAGUCAACCAUUUGCAAUGUAUUACGCGAAAUCGCAUGCUCCCUUUCGAGGAUAAACACUGCACAAUAGGUUCACCGAAAACAUUGGGAGACGAUGAGGUAACGGAACGAGAAUUCACCGAAUAUUUUGUCCAUUAUGUGGAGAUUACAAAGAUUAUGUAUGAAGUACUAGAACGAAUUCUCAAUCCGGACAAUGGGAGUGAAAAUUCAAUGAUCGAGCUCGAAAAAAGAUUGACGCAAUGGAAGAACGAUUUACCUCCAUUUCUACAAAUUGACAAAGUCGAGUCAUUGCGGACGCCUAAUUCACGUACAACGAUUGAUCACGUACGAGUAUAUCUUUGCUUAUUGUACAAUUAUGCUUUGAUAAGAAUGCACAUCCAGAAUAUCGAUAAUGACCAUAGCAUGAGUAUCUGUGCUGAAGCUGCGAAUACUAUCACAAAUUUCAUGACGGAUGAGUUUGUAAAUAUUAUAAAUAGUAAUCAGUUUAUCAUACAUUGUGUGUUAUACGCUGGAUAUAUUCAUGUAAGACAUAUAAAUAACGCGGCUAACGCUCAACUGGCAGCAAAAUCAAAGGCGCAAGUAAUACAGACAAUUAGUAUAUUUCAGCAGGUCAUUGGAAUACCCUCUUUACAUUUUAUACAUUCUGCUACAAAACAUUUAAUUGCAAUAUUUGCCUGCCAACUAGAAAAUACUGAUGAUAUUGAUGAAGAAACUAUGAAUAUAGUCAAGACGGCGCUUGAACUCGUCUCGCCAGAGAAUCGUAGUUCCAAGUCCAUCAGUGGGGGUAGGCAAGUCUUGCCCGAACAAUCACAAAAUCAAGGUACAUUAAAUGUACGUGACGACAAUAACCCUACAAAUGCGCGAAAUGAGCAAAGUGGCGCUGGGAUGGAAUUGCUUGCACACACGGCAGCCACUCGAUCUCCCGAGUAUCCAUCCGCACAGCAACCCUUUCAAUCUCAAAAGCUCUUCCCUUCUUCAACAUCUAGUCAUUCGCCGAUCGAUCCUUCAACGUCUACGGUUACUGAAUCAACGCCAUCGCCGUCAUACGCUCAUUAUCCUUCUCCUCAGCAUCAACAGUUUCGAAGAGAUGCACCCAAUCUCUCAUUGAAUACUUCUCCGACAUCAACGGUAUCAUCCAAUCUUCCUCUUUAUCACUCUGCGGCGGCUCAGACCCAAUGGUCAGCUAAUUACGCUACGUAUCCAUAUCAUAUUCAACAUCAGGCGCAAUCGUCAAUAUCUCAAACUGAUCCUCAGACACUUUCAUCGCCGAAUGAAUCUACGUUGAUGGAUGCAACAAAUUGGAUGCCUGAACGGACACCAAUGACGUUCAUCAGGAAUGCGAUACCAGGAAGUAAUCUGACAUCGUCGAGUGCAUCUCUUCCACCUCUUGUGCCCAACACUAAUCUUCCCGUGUUGCCAUCUAUGAGUUAUCAGCAGUUAUAUCAUCAGCGCCUACCUCAUAUACAGUCUUCCCAGGCAUCUUCACCUCAACCGCAAGCUCUAUCUCCGCAGACUCCUAGCAGCCAUACUCAGUCGUCUCCUACUCGCCGCAUGUACUAUUCUUCUUCCAGUUCAACAACGCCGACUACGCCUCACAUGAAUAUGAGUAUGAACCAAACCUAUAACUUUAACGUAGGGGUAUCGUCUCAACCUGAACUGACGUCCAGUAUGCCAUUAAAUGAAAUGUCUCAGAUGAGCAGUGUUGGUGCUGCGGAGAGCGGUGCAAGCGGAUCUGGUAUGAUCUCGGAUGGAGCGGUAUCUGUCAUUCUUGGACCGGGGAAUCAAGCAAGCAGAGACGAAGAUGUUAUGGUGCAACAUGGAAGUGAGCAACAACAUCAACAAUCUCACCAUGUUCAUAGCCACUCGCAUGGGCACGGUCAGGGUCAUCAUGGGCAGGAUAGUAUUAAAGUGACGCAUAACCAGCAACAAACGUGGAAUUGGGGGAUGUAG